AUGGCUUCGACUGAGGAACCCGUCCCUCCCGUGACCCCGGCCGAAGGGGUCGUGGAUUCAGAUGCACCCCCGGCCACCCCCGUCGACUCAACCGUGCUCUCUGGCAGUGAGGAGCCCGUCACUAGCCCCGAUGCCUCCAAGGACAAGGAAAACGUGAAGGCCACCCCGGCUACCAAGCGUCCUGUUUCCGGGACUCCGGCCACGAAGCGGCCCACUUCCAUGUCCGGUGCCCCCAAGACAACUACGUCGACUUCUCGCCCUUCGACCACCAAUGGCGGCACAUUGAACAGGCCCCCCACGCGUCCUCCCACGACAACUACCGUCCGAAAGCCGCUGAGCACAUCGACAACUGCCUCUCACCGAUCCCGCGCAUCAGUGAGCAGCUCCGCCGAUGAAAAGACGCGAUCCGUGGCAAGCUCUGGGGACGAGAAACGAGGCAUGUCCAGCACCGCAAAGCGGAUGUCGCUGCCUACCAGCACACUGGAUAGACGAACCUCGGUGUCGCGCCCCAGCACCGUCGCGCCACGUCCGACCACCCGACCGGCCACGUCGACAACCACUACUCGUCCGACCUCCUCGACUACCGGUGCGACGCGGACGACCACCCGCCCUACCUCGACUAGACUGAGCACCGCCAUGAAGACCUCGGAGGAAGAUGCAGAGAAACUUCAGGCUCUGGAAAGCAAGCUGUCAGAAAGCGAGGCUACCGUAGCUAGCCUGAAAGCUGAACUGGAGACGGUGAAUGAGAAAAUGGCGCAGCUUGACGCCGCUACCAAGGAACUCCAGGAACAGCACGCUGCGGAGCGCGAGCGUCUGACUGCCGAGCAUGCAGGGCAGCUGCAGGCUCUGCGCACUCAGCUGGAAGAGGCCGAGACUCAGCGGAAGGAACUUGAAGAAAAGUCCAUCAAAGAUUUGGAAGAAGCCGCAAAGUCCGCCGCAGCUCAGGGCGAUGACCAGACUGCUACGGCGCUGGAGGAACUGAAGCAGUCCCACCAGGCCCAGCUGGAGGCCCUGCAGAAAGAACUGGCCGAUCAGAAGGCUUCCGCCACUGGCCACACGGAGGAACUCGAUGCCCUUAAGGCCGAGCUCGAAACGCAGAGGAGUAGUGUCGCCGAGACCACCAAGAUCUUGGAGGAAAAGACCGUGGCUCUGGAAAAUUUCCAGCGUGAGCUCAACGGACGGGACCAGGUCAUUGCGAACCUGAAUCACGAGAUGGAGAAGCUUAACCAAGCCAAGGAGGACCAGGCUCGUGCUGCUGAAGAAUCUGCUCGCCAGUCUGUUUCGGCCCUCGAGGAGAAGGUUGCGUCGCUCGAAGCUCAACUUGCUGAGGCUGAAUCUACUUCGAAGGGCAGCGACGAGACAGCCACCGUGCUCGCUGAAAAGGAGAAUGAAGUUGCCGAGCUGAAACUUACGGUAGAAACGCUCCGAUCGGAGCUCCAGGAAGCCCGCGAUGCCGCCGAAAACGCUCUUAAGGAAAAGAUCCAGGAACUCGAGGCGGCCCACGAAGCGGCCGUUGCCAAACUGAAGGCAGAGCAUGACGAGGCCCUCGCCUUGGCCGCUACCACCCAUGCACAGGAAUUGGCCGCGGCUAAAGAGGCGGCCGAGUCGGCCGGUAGCAGUCACUCGGAACAACUUCAGGAGCUCCGUGCGGCUCUCGAUGCUGCCGAAGCUGCCGCACAGAAGGGCCGUGAGGACGCCAUUGCCCUGGAACAGAAACUGACCGCCUCGGAGCAGGCUCUUGGCGAAGCUAAGCAAUCCCUGGAGGAAGGCGCCAGCUCCGCCCAGGAAAAGGGCGAGAUCAAGUCUCUCCAAGAUGCUAUCCACAGUAAGCAGCAGGAAGUCGAAGCACUGCAGCACAGCCUCGUUACAUUCGAGGACAAGACUAAGUCCAAGGACGUUCAACGAGAGGGCCAGCUGAGGGCGCUGGAAGAGAAGGCGCAGGCUGCGGAAAGUUCUCUUCAGGCGCAUCUCCAGGAGGCUGCCGUGGCCGCCGAGGAGCACGCGCAGGCACUGGAAUCCCUGAAGACCGCCCACGCAGCGGACUUGGAGACUGCUCGGACGAACACAUCUGGAUCCCACGAGCAGGCACUCCAGGAGUUGCAAGCCAAGCAUGACGCGUUGAUGGCGACAAACCGCGAGUUGGAAUCAAAGCACGCGGAGAAGGUCGAAUCUCUCGAAUUCGAUCUCAAGUCGGCCUUGGAGCGUCAUGCGCAGGAGAUUGCGUCGCACUCCGAGCUUCGUGGCCAGGAAGUCGCCGAGCUGCAGAAGCAGUACGAAGAAACCCGGUCGGCCCUACAAGCUGAGUUGGCCGCUUCGCAGGCCUCCAAGACUGCCGAAAACGAAGCCGAACACAUCAAGGCGAUCGAAGAACUCCUGACCGCGCACGAGGAGAAGACGACCAGCCUCCGCUCUCAGCUGGAGUCUUCCAAUCAAGCUCAAAUUGACGCGCUGCAAAAGUCCCACGACGCGGCUUUGAGCGAGGUGCACGCUCAGUUGGCUCAAGCCCAGGCUGCCGCUCAGGACAGCUCGGUCCUUGACGGUUUGAAGGUCACCAUUGCUGAGCUGGAAAACAAGCUUGCCGACGCGGAACGGUCCGGCACGGAGGCCGCAGGCCAGCACGGUGCGGACAUUUCCAAGGCGCAGGCGGAGACCAGCGAAUGGCAGCAGAAGUAUCAGGAGUUGGCGGCCCGGGCAGCCGAACUGGAGACGUCGCUAUCGGCCUCCGGAAGCUCGCAGUCGGAGUUGGAGUCGGUCCUGAAGCAGCUCUCGAACUCCCAAGAAGAGUUGACUCAGAUCAAGGGCAAGCAUGAUGCGAUCAGCAGCCAGCUGGACGAGGCUACGACGCAGAACCGGGCGAUGAACGAGAAGUUGUCGCAGGGUGAGAAGGACCUGAACGACCAGAUCGACAAGAACAUGUCGCUGUUGAACCAGCUGGGCGAGGUCGACUCGGCCAUUUCGGCCAGCCGCAAGCGCACGCGCGAGUUGGAAGCGGAGGUGGCCGCGCUGAAGGCCGAAGGGGCCAAGGGCAACGCGGUGGGCUUGGAUGGUAGUCGAUGGGCAGCAGAGGGACCCGUGGAAGGUGAGGAGCUUGGUUCAUCUAUCGAGGGAACGAUGGCAAGCAUUCAGGCUCAGCUUAAACACAUCCGCACAACCAACGACGAGUGGUACGAGGAUCAUAAUCGGCUCGUCGGGGAACUGACGCAGCUGUCUCACCGAUCGACGCCAGAGGUGCCCAGCCACUCAUCGACCCCCCAGCCGGAGAAAGCGGCCGAGGGAUCGUCGUAA